AUGGAAUACCGACUGCUGCAAUUCCACUACGAAGGCGCGAACUGCGACUGCUCGAAUGCCCAAGAUAGAAAAUGGCACAUCACGAGCGCGGCCGAAGCUGGUAUUCCGCUUUCCACAGCCCCCAUCCCCAACACGCCCGACGAUUUCCUGGACCUGGGCCCGAGAAGACAUGCGUUCCUCGCGAAGUUGUUAGGUACAGGGGGGCGAUGGGAGGGAUGGAAGCUGCAUGCCGUCAGUCAGAAUGGGUAUCCGGAUGAUCACAUCACGAAUGUCAUCAUCACGCGAGAGAAGGAGCCGGUGCCGGUGUCAGUGGCGGAUGAAGAAUGGGACGUGCUGGCUCGAGGGUCUCCUAGUUGUUUGUGA